UGCGCGCAUGGAGCGGCGCUGAGAGGGGCGGCGGGGGGGGACGCGGCCGCCGCCGGGCCCUGAGGAGCCGCCGCCGCCUCCUCCUCCUCCCUCGCGGGCCCGGCGCUGAGUCUCCAUCGUCAUCAAAUACAACUCCUUUCAUUCUCCUCUUCCAUUCACCUACCCAAAGACCAAAUCUGGAAAUAGUAACCAAAAGAGAAGCCCAGAUCAUACACAAAGCAGAGAAAGAUUGAAGUAAUUUAAGGGUUGGCCAGAUGCAGUGGGGCAUGGAAUGAACAGAAAGAGGUUAAAUUGAUGGAUGACCAACAAGAGCAGGAUUGUGCCUCAGAAGACCAAGAAACUAUCCUGAUUAAUGGGGUGAAAGAAAAUGAGCCACGCGCCCCAGAUGGCGAGGAGAGGCCGUGUGGCGACGCCGCCGUCGCCUUCCCGGCCCUGACGGCAGCUCCGAAGGAACCCCAGGCGUGCCACCGCGCGCUGCCGCCCCUGCCUUCGAAGAAGCCCUGCUCACUGAGCCCGCCGUCCCCGCUGCGGCUCACCGAUGUCCCCGAGCACGCUUCAGACGACUCCUCGGCCCACGCCAUCUCCCUCACGUCCUGCGUGACGAAGGGCAUGAGCUCCUGGUCGCUGCCGGGCGACUGCGAGAAGGCUCCCUUCAGCAUGAUGGAGCCCGGAGGCAUGUCCGCCCUGACAGGGGACUGCCUCAUGCAGCCGAGCCGGACCUGCCUGGGCUGCUUCAUUGAAUCAAAGGACGGCAUUGAUGCAGAGCCGGGAAUAAGCUUGAAAGUGGGGGAUAUAAAUAGGGAUUAUGACACCUGUUCGGUCUCUGAUAUAGGGAUUCACUGCAUGAGCACAGGAGAAACCAUGAGAUAUGGGGAUCAACUGCUUUCAGACCAGCUUUUAAGCUUCCCUAUGCAUAAAUCGAGGGCAGCGGACAAAAGAGAUGCAGAAAAAUCUGACAGUGAUUCAGAGGACCCCACUCAGAAAAAUUAUUACGAGGGAUUACUAUUAGACAAAUGCAAUGGUGAGGAACCCUUACUAACAAAUCCCAGCCAGGAAUGGGGCUAUUUUGAAUCCUUCAUUAGCGAAAGUAAAAUUGAGCUGCUUGACCUCUGCUCCAAAAAUGAGCUUUCUGUAAAUCUGUUUUCUGAGGAAGAUGUGGAUAAUUACAUGUUUGAUGAUGAUGAUUCGACCUUGGGAAGCGACGUCUGCUCCUUAAAGAUCAGAUACGAAUCUUUCCAGGACAACGUGCGGGAGAAGACCACCGGACUACAAGAGGACGCCCAGUUCAACUUCUUCCCCAGCGUCUUUGGCAACUGCACCAAAAGGGACAGCAGGAGCACCCUGAAAAGGGGGCCCGGUGGUGCCACCGACCCUUCUCAAUUCAAGUCUGAGGAAGGCAUCAUCUGGGGGGAGGAGGAGGAGGAUGGCGAGGAAGAGGAUGGCGAGGAGGAGGAGAAAGCUGCCUUAAAUAAAUCUUGCAACAGCACGGAGGUGGUGCAGUACGUGGGCUCCAAAAGGAGCCACUUCUUGGACUCUGUGAAUUCCACGGAGGACUCUGGGGAGUUCAGCGACGACAGCACGUGCACAGAGUCCUCCUUCGAUGUGCUGCGGGAUAUAAAGGACUGCAGCCGGUACCUGUCCCGGGACCACUCCAGCUCCUUCAUCCAGCAGAACUACGGGCUGCGGGCGAAGAGGAAAGUGCGAUACAGCGAUGACUACUUGUAUGAUGUCGACUCCAUCGAGAACGAGAAGAUCCUUGAUAAGAAGGAGUGGCUCCCGGACGGGCCCAAGGAGGAGGAUGAUGAUGAGUGGUGCCCCAAGAAACGGCGAAAAGUCUCUCGCAAGGAGCCCCCCGUUAUCAUCAAGUACAUCAUCAUUAACAGGUUUAAAGGGGAGAAGCAUAUGCUGGUGAAGCUCAGCAAAGUGGAUGCCAAUGAGACAACUGUUACCCUGAACGAGGAGCUGCUCAGCAAAUACGAAAAGCUGGCCCCAUUGAAGGGCUUCUGGCAAGAAAGGCAGCAGAGCCGGCUGGAUUUGCUCAGAUCGUCUCUCUACCACAAGCAGAAUUUCUAUCUUAACGGCUCAGAUGCUUCGUUCCUCCCUCACCCACGGAAGCGAAAAUGCAAGCUAGCAAACAGGCACAGGAUUCAAAGAAUUAAAGCCAUUGAGCAGUCAGUGAACAAGCUGGGCUCUUGCUCCUCUGAUCACAAGCAGCCUUGCAGCAGUAAGGAGGAUGCAGGCCUGAAAGGGCUGCAGGCAUUAGCCAUCGCCACCCCCAGCUGUGCGAACGGAUUACAUGUAAAUGACAUCGCAGGCAUCGCUGCCGUGAAAUGCAAAUCGCAGGAACGGGAAUACAAGGGGACGGAGAGGAAAGUGCUCCGCAGGAUCAAAUUCAAAAGUGAAGCCAGGUUGAAAUGCAAGAAAAUCAAAGCUGCUACCAACAUGACGGAGGGCUGCCCGGCUCUGGAAAACCAGGAUUCUGCAGCACGGCUGAAGGACGAAAAUGUUCCGUGUGCUUCAGACAGCUCCCAUCUCCCGGAGUGCCAUGAGGAUAAGAUUGCUAAAAAUUCUGCUUUCCUACCAUCCACCUCCUCUUCAGACAAGCCUCUGCCAUCUGCUAAUAUCACCACCAAUGUACCCCUGAUCCCCGGAGGGUAUCUGCAGACACUGUUAGAUGCUUCGGAUUUGUCGAGCAGCACCGGCAUCUCGUACUUCACCCAGCACCCCUCCGAGCAGCAGCACCCGCUCCCCAGCAUCGUCCCAGCAGACAAGCCGUUCGCCGGCCUGCAGCCAUCGCAGAGCUGCGUGCUGUCCCCGCCGUCCGAGUCCGAGCUGCAGCAGUCCCCCGGCCACCUGGAGAUGGAGCAGGGCAGCUUCGGCAGCGUGUGGCCGGCCAGCAAAGCUGCCGGCAGCAACCGGCAGGAAUUCGCCGGAGAGCUGCGGGAGGCCGCGGCGCUGUCGGGAGAGUUCGGCGGUGCCGCGGGCGCUGACGGCCUCCCGGCCUCCGGCUACCCUCCGGUCAAUCUGAAUAGCAGCAAAUUGCUCUACCAAAAAAAUUACAUGCCGGAUAGCCAACAAGUGCAGUCUGAUGAUUCUUAUCAGUCGUGUCAUUUUAAUAAUGGAGAGGGGCGCUUUCAUUUCCAGCGAGGUACACUAAGUACAGAUGAUGGCAGACUCAUUAGUUUUGAUUCAGUGGGUUCAUUGUCAGUUAGUUCUAGCAAUUACAGUUCUUUAAGUUUAAAGUCUUGCGAAAAGGACGGCGAGGAUGAUAUUAAUGACGAUUUCUUGGCCCACUGCAGUCCCAAGUUAGUGAUCCAGCAAAGCAUAGAUGAAAUCACCCCUCUGAAGGAGUCCACGGACCUUUUAGACAUUUCCAACUUCACACCUGAUAAGUUCCGCCAGUCGUCGCUUUCGGAGAUGUCCCCUCCGGACACUCCCAACCUUUCCCCACAGAUAGCCGGCUCCGACACCAAACCCCUGGGCACCCUGAAGGGCUUCCCGGAGAGCACCCAGGCUGCUCUGAGCAGCUCCGAGAAGGUCAAGUGGAACUGCGGGGUCCUGCAGACCGAGGAUCAGGCAGAUAAUGGGUUUACUUUAAAUAAUCACCAGUUUCAGUUCCAUAUGUUCAACGAUGAAGAUUCUGUCAGCCUUCUUGAAAAAAGUCCGUGCUUGUCAACAUUUAAUGAGCCAUCUGGUCAAAUUAGCACCAAUAGCAAAGUGUCGAAAUCUAAGAGGAAAAGUUCAUCCAGCAAGAAUGUGGGUACAAACCAAAGUUCUUCCCAGAAAACCACCAGGAAAAAAUCUCCCAAAACCAACAAAGGCACCGAGAAGCCCCAAGGGAAGAACUCCAGGCAGGCACCCAGAUCCACCAGGAAGGGGAAGAACGCGGCGGGCCUCAACGGCGAGAAGGCCCAAGCGGGCGGCAGCAGAGCCGUCAACCAGCUGGCCGGCCCGGCCUUGGCAGCCAACGGGCUUGCCGAGGGCGUUCAGCAUUGCGGCCCGGCCGCUGGGAAGCUGGGCAAGCACAACGGCCUGGCCGGAGAGUGGGCGCUGGGGAAGGACGGCGGCGCGGGCUGGUCGGAAACAGGCCUGGGGAACACCACCGGCCUGCUGGAUGACGAUCAGAGGGAGUUCGAGGAGCCCUCCAACAUCCUGUCCAACAUCGCCUCGGGGAUGGCGGACGUCCAGAGGUUCAUGAUGGCCUCCAUCGAGCCCUUGUGGGGGCCCGUAGGCCACAACAGCGUGCCAGACAUAUUCCGGUCGCCCGAGUCGAACAGCCUGAAACUGAAAACCCUUAAAAUUCUGGCAGGGACGCCCCAGGAGUCAAAGAAGAAGGCAAACGGCGGCUCGCCGGGAACGGCGAAGAACCACAAGUCGAACAACAAGGGCUCAAGCAAAAACGGCAAAGCUGCUGCCUGCGACCCUGGUCGCCCCAACUGUUCAACUGGGUACAAUACAGACAUUCACUCUCCCUUUUUUGAUAAAAACUAUAGUAACCUGAGCACUUUAGGCAAUAAUGGACCUACCCAUAAAAAACUGUACCGUCAUAAAUCGAGUUCUAAAUCACUGAGGGAUGAGAACUGUAAAAUAAAGCGAACAGACCGUGAACAGACCCAUAAGGACCCACCUGUGACAGCUUCUUUUGAGAAACUGAGGGAAUCAGACUCCAUUCUUCUUAAAGCAGAAACAACAUUUUUGGUUUUUCCUGUAUUUGAAGAAGAGACUCCCUUUUCUAGAAAAAAGACGUUUGAUGUUUGUUUCUUUUUUCCGUUUGUUUUUUUCGUUUGUUUCUUUCGAAAUAUGCCUUGUGGUAUGUUGAAAUGUAAGUGCUGAAAUGAAGAGUUUGAAAUUGUGGGAAUUUAUUAUUUGAAAGCGAACCUAAUCUGGUAUUCUCUGUGAAAGACUGUUUUAAAAGUCAUACUGUUGUACAGUAGUUUAUGCACUAUUACCCACAACAACAAAAAAUUGUGCCAAACUAUGAACAAGUGACUGUAUUGUAUAUAUUUUUACUUCUCUAUCAACAUUGGGUUGUGAGUGUUUUCUGCAGCUAUGCCUUUUGAUUUUACUAGAAACAUUCCAGUUAAGUACUAACCACCCCCUUUGAAAGCACCUGUAACUCACGAUGAAAACAAUAUUGUUCACUUAUACAACUUACCAAAAGUUUUAUGGACAUGACUAAAAGUGUGCCAAAUUUACUUACCUCAUUUCAUGGAUUCACCCUGUGGUUUAAAGCUCAUAAAGGAAAAAAAAAAAAAAAAAAGAAAAAAAAAGGGAAAAAAAAAAAAAAGGAAAAAAUACAAAGAAAAAAGGAACUUUGAAACUGAUGCUGGGAAAUGGUAUUGUCCUCUCUUUAAAACCAUGAGCAGAAAAACAUAACGGUGAAAUGUUGAGUUUCGUUAUAGGAGAGAGUUGAAAUGGUGGAGGAGUUCAGAAAACCACUCCAGGUAAGUCUGACAGGAACUCGAGUGUCUGCAUCUAGAGACUACGAAACAGCUGCUUUUCAAGUGUCUGUUUUCUUAAAGCAAAACCUGUAGCUGAAGAGCAUUUGAAAUGCAAAGUUACAUUGCUAAUUCUUUGUAUCUCAGUUUUAUAUAUUUUAUAAUAACCUGGGAUAAAUUCUAAAAUAGUUAUAAAAAUGGAACUAAUAUGUUUCAUACAUUUAUUGCUAUUUACUUUUACUUUGAGUAGUUUCUUAAAUAUUUUUGAUGCAGAGCCUGUCAAAAGUGCUCUCAUAUCAUAGCUUUGGUGUUUCCUAAAUGUCUAACCUUGCGAUGCCAAUAUAGUUUGAAAUUUUGAAAGCAAAAUCAUUAGUUUUAAAUACAGCUCUGAACCUUUCCUUUGAUUCAGUUCGUAGUGUAAGGAAGAAACCAGAACUAUUGGUGAUCUCACCGAUCAGGGCCGGAUCAUACAUGACUGGACUUUAUUAGACAGCGUUAAGUAUUGAAUGCUAAAUGUAUUAUCAAAAGGCCUUAUUUGUAACCCUACUCACCACACCCUCACCCUCCAGGAAAUUAACAAAACAAAAAAAAAUCAUCUCUUUUCCUUGUGCAACUGAGAGCCUGUGCAUUUUGCUGCUUACUUCUUAUGAAACCUUGAUAUGCAAGAGACCUGCUAGCUGGGAGCUGCUGGGACCAGAGGGGUGUGAGGCUUGGACACACUUAUGCAAUAGGAAGGGGUGAGGACGAGGAGCCUUAAUUCAGCCGGACAGAUCGCUGCUGUGCCCGUGGGCGUAGAGGCGGUGUGUUUCAGAGGACACGGCUAGACUCGGUUCUCUGUACAAGGAGGUCGUUUCCAGCCCGUGCCAAAGGCAAAGCACCGGGAGUGGCUGAACAAGCGAUGUAGGUUCACUUAGCAAAAAUGCAGAGCAAUUCUCAUUGACCACUUGGAAUCGAGACGGAGUCGCCAAGUGUCGAAUUGGCAUCAAAAUGUUCCCAGCAGAUUCUCAGAUCUUGAGGGCCAGCAGUCCCGACGAGAGAGCAUGGCCCAGUAAUGCAUUUUAUUUAACAGGUGAAGCAGGCACGGCUGGGGCUGCCUGGAGCGAGUCGCUCCAGAUGCGGCCGGUCCCUGGGUGGACUGGGAGAUGCUCAGGAUCUGGGAGACAAGCACUGUGCUGGGACUCCAUCCCUGGGUGUUUGGCUUUCCUCCACCACACUGCUCUCCCUUACAUCCCCCUGGAGCCGUCUUUUUCAUCCACAGUGUCACCCAAGUUUACAAGUCCUGAAUGUGUUCGUGUAGCCGGUUUCUGGGGAGCUCCUCCUGUGUGCCAAAGGGCGAGGGGCUGCUGGCUCCGCGGUUUGCGAUCUGCACGCUGCUGCUCCUAUGGAGACAGGUCAGGCCUGGAGCUGGGGCACGUCCAUUCUUUUUGACCCAGAACCAUCCUUUGAAAGCACAUUUCCACUGGCCCAUGCUGUGUUCUUCGUGCUGAACAUUUUACCUAUGUGGUCCAUAAAUCAGAAAAUGAUGAAGUACCUUGUACUGAAACAGAUAGCAAUAUUUAUUGCAUUCGAGAAAUGUGCAAUAGGGCAUGAAUAUAAGGCAGAAAACAUAUUGUAUGUUGAAAACCCAGGAAUAACCCGACUGCCGGACGUUUCAGGACACUGUUGGUCACAAAUGCCAGCUGCCUUCCUUGUGUCUCUCCUCUCAGUCCUGCUGCUCCGAUUUCUCUGCCAUCACCGAUUGUCAUCCCACACCCUUCCCCAAAAUUUCUGACCAUGGAAAUUUCAGAGACCCCCCCAGUCCCUCACAGAGCAACUCUGGCCUUUCUUCGUCUCUGCAGAAGUUAUCCCCCUGCUGUCUGCUCUCAAACUACCAACAAAGGGUGACUACCUUGAGCCAAACAUUGGUCAUCCCCAUUCGGCCCUUAUCUCCACCUGCCUGUCACUACCUCAAGAUUUUAAUCACUUCCACUUUUGCCUCAUUCCUUGCCAUAUAAGCUCGUUUUGUCCGUUUCCCUUUCUUGUCAGGAUUGUUGAAUUUUUGUUUCUCCCAGCCGCAGGGAUGUCUCAUCCUUCCCCUGCCCACCAUCCAGCACCCCAUGGGCUCCCCGUGCCGCCCCACGCUUACUUUGCCUUUUUCCCAUCCCAAAAUUCAUCAUCUUCUCCAAUCCCGGUGCAUGUCAGCCAUCUUCUUGUCAGACUCCUGGCUGUUCAGGGUGAUUAAUUCAAGCCGCACAAAGAUGUUGAUUCUGCAGCAUCCCUUAAGAUGUCUUUUCUACUUGAUCUCGCCCCACUCCUGCUGUAGAGGCAUCGUGCGGAAGGACCCUGACGUGGUCGCGCUCUCCUCUCGAACUGCGCCGUGCUGGCACGCUGCAGUUGGGCGAGUUACAAUCAGCAGCAAAAUUAAAAAAACAACCGCCUGCAAAGGAUGGUCGUGAAAACGGGCUGAGAUCAGGCCAAGCCAGGGCAGUUUAACACGACCCUCCUUCGGGGAAUGUGUAGCGAGGGCGACAUCCUCCCAAAAGAAACCUUACGGCGAGCCGGCAGCAGCCAGCCCGACCCCGAAGGCCACAGUUUUGCUGGAGGUACUUGCAUAUAGAGGUUUUGUAAAUAGAAAAAUAUCACUGAUGGGGAUUCAAGUAAUCAUUUGAAAAAUAAAAAUAAAAACUUGAUCAGGUUUACAUGUUGCUUUUUUAUUUUUAUUUUUAACAUAAGAGUUGUUGGAGAAUCACGGAUUACGGACCAGGUUUAGCGAGGUAUUUGGUGGAGGGAGGCGAGCGGUGCUGCGCAGCUCUGUCCCGAGAGGAAAGCUGGUUGCUUUAUUUAAUUUUAUUUUUAAAAAACAUUACAGCUCCAAUGAGCCAGGAACCAAAAUAGAGAUGUUCUAAGCAUUUUAAUCCCAUACCUGUCGGACCGUAUUCUUUCAGUGAGGGCUCAACCUAGCAAAGCACUUGGGCAGGAGCGCCCGCUGCUGGGGCCACCGCUCGCCCAGGUGCUUUCCUGGAGCGCAGCCUGCCCCCGGCGCGAGCCGAGAGAAAACUCCAUUGAAGUCAGUGUAAGUGAGAAGAGGAUCAGGUGCAUGGACUUCAGUCGGUGCAGGAUCAGGCCCUUGGUCUUACUUUCUCAACUCGGUGUGUUGGACUUUGCCUAUGCAGCUCCCAGGGAGUCCGGUGGAAGUUGCAUGGUUCAAGGCGCUGACAUCUAUUUGAGAAUGUGCCUCUUUAUCUCUUCAGCGUGUAAAAUAAUGCAAAAAAAUAAUAAUAAUAUAUAGAAUAAACAAAGUACAAUGUCUGUGGUAGAAGCAAGGCUUUUCAAAUCUGUUUCUCAGGUAAACAAGUGACACUAAUGACAGUGGAGUAACAGCCAUCUAAGGGAAUUUGGAUCUAGAAAAGGAGGAUGCCCUCCAUCCCGCAGGAUACUUGGGUUGCCAGACACGUUUACUGAGCCUUUGAACACUUGGUGCAAAAGGAAACAAGAAAUAAAAUUUGUAUUCACCGCUACCCUUCGAUAGAUAGGAAAAAAAAAAGUUUCAAAAGCACAAAGGGAAGACUUUAAAAUAAAAGAAAAAAAAAAAAAAAGGAAAAAAAAAAAAGAUUCCAGUUAAACUCCUUUUGUCUUUUACUCCCCGUGGGAAGCAGGGUAGGAACCGAAGGAGAUGCUCUGUUUCGCUGCCCGCAGCGCUGGCUGUGGCCGUUCUGACUGCUGCCUACAGAGAUUUGAAUGUACUGCUCCUUGAGUUAACUUCCAUAGAACUAGAGGCACCUCGCGAGUAAGUUGCUACUGUUUUAUGGUGCUAAAGAAAACUUUUAUCCCCCCUCGAGCAUUUAAGGAAUAUUAAAUGGCCCUUUUUAUGAAUGUAACAUAUCCAUUUCUGUUUAACAUUUUACACUGCAAUUUUAACAUGUUUGGAAAUUAUUUGCCUUUUUCUUUUAGAAUAAGCUUUAUAAAUAUUCUGUAGAGUCAAUUGAAGUAUAAUUCUUAAGGAUCACUCUAAGACGCCUACAAAAUCUUGUAUAUUUUUAAGUGUGCCAAUUUGUAAAAUAUUUUGUAAGUGUAUAUUUUUCUUAGAAAAGUGCUGUGAAGUGUUUGUAUGUGUGAGGUUUCCCUUUUUUUGCACCUUCGGGUGUUAAUAAAAGGAUGUAUACUUAAAAGUUUCUGGUUUUAAAAACCAAAAUACAAAGAAAAAAAUUAAACUUUUGUUGGGAAUUUUGUAAUAAAAAGAAAUGUUGUGAAAGAGUGUAGUGAUAUUGUGUAAAGGAAACUGGAAAAUUUGUGAGCGCUUUGCUGUUUUAUAGAUCCUCUUGUAAAUUAUUCUUGUAAUAUUUUUGGUUUUGUUGUUCUUGUUGCAAAGGUUUUAAAUAUUUGUGACUGACUCUGUAUGGUGAAAAUGUCAUAUUGUUAACUUGCUGAGUUUUGUUAUAUUGUUUAUGGAAUAAAUAAAAAAAUUUAAAAUCUCA